AUGAGAAGAAACCAUGGAAGAGGAAAGAAGAACAGAGGAAGUGCCGGCUCCAUUCAGUGUGACAAGUGCGGAAGUGUGACCCCUAAGGACAAGGCGAUCAAAAGAUUUAGGAUCCAGUCCCUUAUCGAGCAGGCAUCGUUUGACGAUCUGAAGCAGGCAACCAUUUAUGAUGUAUUUGAGGUUCCGAGGAUGGGCUACAAGUCGCAAUUCUGUGUGUCCUGUGCGUGCCAUGCCAAGAUAGUCAGGGUUCGUUCUUCCCAGGCAAGGAAAAUCAGAUAUGGAUUCAAUCCAAACAGGGUGGCCAGUGCUCACAAUUAA